AUGCCCGUGAAAGCUAUCGCCAAGACGAGUAUUGCUCGGAACGGGGUAGGGUCGUUCGUUCGUCCCUGCUACCGUGUUACUCUCCAGUACUGUAACUGGGGUGGGUCUUCCCAAGGUUUGCGCGAUCUUUUGUCCUCCAAGACCUUGGAUCAGAUGGCUGCUAAGGAAAAGCUGAUCGUUUGGGAAGUGAAGAAGGUUGCUGGUCAUCCCAAGGCUAUCUUCCACUACAACAACAACAAAACCAACGAAGUUGACCUUGCCAACCUCAGUCAACUGGAAAUCCUCAAGAAGGUUAACGAAUUUUCGCAAAGAAGCGGCAACGACUUGUUCAAAUUCAACCACAAGGUUAUGUCGAUCAACGAGUCUGUUAGAGGUGUUUGGUCGCCUUUGCACGAACCUAAGGGCCAUCGUCAUCAAAUUUGA